AUGGAAGUUCCGGCGGAUCCCCACCAAUUUGGCUGGAAUCUCGAGUCCAUGUUCGAUCCCAACGACCUGUUUUACUCCGAAAGCUCCUCCACCAGCUCUAUCAACUACGAUUGCCUCCUCGGAUCAGUUACUGCUCCCUACGACAAUUUCACUUCCGACAACUUUCUCCUCGGCCAGGACGAUCUCGUCGACCCUCUUCUUCGCUGCUCCAAACGCCGCCGCCCAUCCGACUACCAGGAACCAGAACAAGAAUUCUACCCAGAAUUCAACUUGGGUUACUUCAACGGGAUUGCUCCAUACCCUAAUUUCCCAAACUACAUUCCGACACCAACAGCCCCUGAAAUGGCGUUGCCUCCAUUGCCUGAUUUCCCGACGGGCCCCCCAGCUUACAGUUACGGAAGUUUCUGUGAGAGUUCUAUGAAGAAGGAACCGACGUCGACCUCGCCGCCGGCCAAAUUGUCGGCGCAAAGCAUUGCGGCCAGACAGCGGCGGAGGAAGAUUACGGAGAGGACACAGGAGCUGGGAAAACUCGUCCCCGGCGGCCAUAAGAUGAACACUGCUGAAAUGCUGCAAGCUGCGUAUAAGUACAUUGGUUAUUUGCAGGCACAGGUUGGGUUGCUUGAAUCCAUGUCUUCUUACAAUCAGUUGGAGAUCGAUGAAGAGCUGCAUGAUCUUCUAGAAUCUCCAUUGAUUCAAGAGAAGCUCUACUCCACAGAGAACUGCAUAGUCCCGCAGAAAUUUGUGCAGGAAUUGAGCAGUGACCAUCAGAUGGUCAAAUCGAAUCCAGCAUUGCUUCCAUUGGUAGAGAAACAAGUACAUUCAUGCAGCGAUUGA